UAGGUCGAAAUUCGCGCAAGAUAAUGUUUUAAUUUCGUAUAAAAAAAGUGUUUUUUUUAUUAUUAUAAUAAUAUAUAUUGUAAAAAGAAACCGUCUAACGCAAGGUGAAUAUAUUAUGUCCAUAUAAAGUCAUAUCUGUAGAAAUUUCUGAGAAAAAACGAAUUUCUCAGAAAGAAACAAUAGAUGAAUUUGAGUACUUAGAUCGAGCGUCUUCGAUAGGAAUCAAAUUGUCAAUCGGAGUUGACUCACCCCGCGAUCUGGGCUCCGAUCCCGUUACAAUUUGUAACGAGGAGGGAGACCAAUUAGAGAACGGGGGCAGAUCGACAUCGACCUAUCGGAAUGUUCGAUCUGGGACUCAGAAAAACUUAUAAAAAUCGCGCAAAAAUAGGAUGUGACGUUCUUGGUUACUAAGUUCGGUGUGCUCCGCUUCUGGAUUUUUCCUGCGGUUCGUCGUCCCGAAAGAAGUUUUCGCCAUCCUGUCCCAGCAACUUUCGCCAAGGAUAAUCUACUGUGAGAAUCACCCCUUCAAGUUGUGCUGUGCACCCCGGAGCCUACGUUUUCCUCAUCAUCUUCGCCAAAAGAAGAGAAGAUCGUAAGAUUGAACUUUGAACUGAUUCACUCUGUGGAUAGGCCUUACGCCGAAGAAAACAGUAGUUGUAAGAGAAAUUUUUAUAUUUAAUAAAUAGUUUGCGAUGGAAGACCUGUCUCAGUAAGUUUUUCCACUCCCACACGACAGUGCUGACCGCUCGACUGUCGCGACACUUUUUCCCCAAUCGGCAAACCUCGCACUGGUGUCAGCAAGCGGGAUUUUUCUGAUUGUUUUUGCAACAUUUGCAAACAAUUUCAGUCCCACAAUAAUUGUUGAGGCAGCCGAGAGAAAAGUGGGAAGGAACUAUGGAAACAGAGACAGGCUCUCCAGCGCCAACUCGCGACUUAGGAGGCGGCUCGCUUAGCGCCCUUUCAGCCUUUAGUGGGAUGAUACCUACGUUCUCGGGAGACGUGGGGCGCGUAACAGAUUUUUUUGAUACGUUAGGAGAAGUCGCAGGAUUAGCAGGUUGGACCCCUAAACAAUGUUUAAGCAUCGCUAAGUGUAAAUUGACAGGGAUAGCGAGAGAUUUUGCGUGGCGCGACCUCCAAAUGAAAGAAGUAACGGAGUACGCAACUUUUAAACGCCUAAUGAUAACUAGGUUUGACCAAGAACCAUAUUCCAUUAAGGUACAGAAAUUCCACGCGUGUACGCAGCGCAAAGACGAAAGAGUUCAAGAAUUCGCCGUUAGGUUACAAACGUUAGUUAGCGCGAUAAUCGUAGAUCAAACCGGGACAAACGAGCAAGAGAAUGCCGUUAUCAAGCGGUGUCAGCAGAGAGAAUUGGACGAGAAACUCCGCAUUCAAUUCUUGCACGGCUUAAAUGAAAAAAUGAAGCGCAACGUAAUGACACAUGAUCCAGCUACAUUUUCAGAAGCUUUAAAAAUAGCGAUAAGAGAGGAAACAAUUGAGCAAUUGACUAGCAAACAGCGAAAUUAUAUAGGAAACGUAGAGGAGUCGGCAGAGAAUUCCCGAACUAAAGCUGACAAAACAAAACCCUGUAAGGAAGAGGCAUUAGAAGCGAAAAUUAACCAAAUCGCUAAACAGAUAGAAACUUUAGGGAAGAGAUUAGACAAUCGGUCCUCGACAGCGCAAACAACUAGUGCGCGAGGAGGAGAAUUUAAUCAAAAUAGACGAAUGACGACAUCCGCGAUGCGAGAGAGACAGGAAGUAGGAAACCCCAAUACCUAUUCGAGCUCUCCGCGCCGUUUUGGACAGCCCCAGCGCUCACAACAACCACGUUUUCCUACAAAUAACCGACCGUCAUUGAAUUAUUCCGUUCAGACCCCUUCGAGACGAUACUCGGGAUAUAAUUCACUUCCUUUUAGGUCAAAUUACGAAUGGGGACCGACAAAUUAUCGGCAAUUUAAUCCAAAUUGGUUAGAAAGUGGAAUUUAUGCGUCGCCCCCACUACCCGAUUGGUAUAGAGGAAACACCGUUCCUCCACCCAAUCGAGGGGAGUGGAGAGUAAACCCUAACGCUCCAGAAUGGCGGGUUCCUGGUAUAAAUAAUCCCUUUUCAUCGCGAUAUCGGGAACAAAUGCCUUUUUAUCGAGAACAGUAUAGACAGAUGGGACCCAAAGACGAUCAGGACUUUGAAUAUUUGCCUUUUAACCCGAUGUCUUACGCACAAGGCUGGUUUCGAAACGACACUAAUGCCGAGCGGUCCUUAGACAACGCGACCGUUCCUAAAUAUUUAGCGUUGCCUAGUCCUGAGGAAAGCCUACGGCAAGCAAACAAUGUAUCACAGGAGUUAAAUAAGGAUAACGUAGGGUUUAAUCGUAACGGAAAUAGAAUAACUUCGGUGAAAACGAAAGAACAAUGUCGAGAUUUAGAGCAAAUAAUAGAUUAUCCGCGCGAAGCUACUCGUUUAUCGGGUGUUGGAGAAUCUAAAUUGAUAGAUAGAGAUUCACCCCCUUGCACUUUAGUCUGUGAAAUCGAGAAUAAAAGGGCGAAAUUAACAAUAGAUACAGGUGCAGCAGUUUCUUUAAUAUCAAAAGAUUUUUUUUCGAACUUACGUGAGUUAAAGAAAGCUGAAACCAGAGAGGUAGAAUUACUUAGUGUCACCGGACACACGAUAGACACGAUCGGAAAAUUCGAUUUAGCAUUUAGAAUUGGGCAAUUGAACUUUAGACACGAUUGUUAUAUAGUGGAUCCCAAAAUAACAGAACCUAAUAACGGAAUCCUAGGUAGAGACAUAAUCGAAAAGUAUGACCUUACAAUUUCUAUAAAAAAUGCGAAGCUCAUUUUCCCUACAGGUAACGAAGUUACAAUCUGGGGAUUGGCAAACCUUCAUAAUAAUGUUAAUAACCCACGUAACCUAAGUGAAGAUGCUAGUCAGUUUGCAAUGAUAGAAAGACAAAAGAAUGGGAAGGAUGGUUUAUAUCAAAGGGAUUUAAGGGAUUUAACCCGAACGAACGGUAAUAGAGAGAAUAGCAAAACGAGAAAUAAGAAAAAACAAAAAGGGAACAGUGCGCGAACAAAACAAUCAAAGAAGAGAAUUAAGAUAGGCACAUUUUUCAAAACAGAAAACGAGAAACAAAAUAAAACAUCGCAAUCAAAUGUUAACCCAACGCAAGGCUUUUCCUGGACGCUCACGAAAGCACACGCUAAUGCGGAUGCAUUAAGUCGAGUACCUAUAGCUCCAAUAAAUGAGAUGCGCCCAAUAUAUAGUAAAGCUCAGAUUCGGGAACAACAGUUAGAGGACUCUUUUUGUAAAGAAAUUAGACGACGUCUAGCGGAAAACACAUCCCCGCAGGAACAGCGUCUGAACACAGAUAGUAGCGAAUUUUAUCUAGAUGUGGAUCAAACAUUAUAUCACAGGAAGACAAAUCCAGAAAGAAAUGAAACUUGGGACAGAUUAGUCAUUCCUAAAACUAUGGUCGAAUACGUUUUAAAGUUGUUCCAUGAUAUUCCAAGUUCAGGACACUUAGGUGCGAAGAAGCUGAGAAAAAAAUUACAGACGCAGUUUUAUUGGCCUGAUAUGAAUAAAGAUAUCAUACACUAUUGUCAGACAUGUCAGGAAUGUAGUUUGCGGAGACGACCUCUACACGGACAUCAAGCUCCCUUACAAACAUUCCCUAAAAUCACAAAAAUAUUUGAGAGAACAGCUUUAGACAUUCAAGGUCCUUUUCCUACUACCAAUAAUGGCAACAAGUAUCUCUUAGUUUUUGUAGAUCACUUUUCUAGAUGGGCAGAAGCAGUGCCAUUACCAGACGUUACUGCUAAAACCGUCGCCAAAGCGUUCGUUACACAGGUGAUCUUACGACAUUCAGUACCCAAACAAUUAUUGACUGAUAGAGGUGCAAACUUUACUUCAAAAAUGAUGCGAGAAGUUUGUGAUCUCCUACACAUAGAAAGACUUCUCACCACCGCAUAUCACCCACAGUGCAACGGCAUGGUGGAACGAUUAAACAAAACUUUAAUAGAUAUUCUGACGCAUUAUGUAGAUAAGGACCAGCGCAAUUGGGAUGAAAUGGUUCCAUAUGCCCUUUUUGCGUACAACACCACUGUUCAUUCCAGUACAAACGAAACCCCAUAUUAUUUGUUGUACGGAAGAGACCCAAUUUAUCCAUUUGAUGUUGUGACUGAACCCAACCGACCCAGUUACGAUAUUAGCGAAAAUUAUGCGAGCGAACUGAGGGCAAGAUUAGCCUUAGCACACAAGCUGGCUCAAGAGCAUGCAGAAAAGGCCGCAAUUGAUAGAAAGGUGUACCAACAACGAAGAAAUAAGCCAUACAAAUUUUCUAUAGGAGACCGAGUUUUCGUAACGGAAGUAACAGUCCCAUUAGGGUUAAAGCGAAAACUAGCCCCAAGAUGGCAAGGACCCUAUAGGAUAAUAGCGGAGACAAGUCCGGUCGACUUUAUUAUCCAGCAUGUGCACAAUGGGAAGAAAAUGCACACUCACGCUAACCGGAUGAAGCCCGCGCUCGCACGAAUGGAAUUCGGAUCUUUUGCAACGGACGAACCUAAGUCCGAAGCAGAGACUUCCGAAGCAUCCACUUCAGAACAACCAUUACCUACAUCGACAGAUCCUUGGGACGAUUUUAUUUUAGAAUCAAUUCAGCCAGGCCAGGUAGAUGCUACAGAGACGCCAGAAAUGAGCCCGCAAACAUCAGUUGCGCAACCUUCACAUAAUUAUGGUCUUAGAAGUCGGGGACCUGUACAUGAAUACCCGUGGGUUCUCCCGACCUCAUCAAAAAUCACGCUACCGAUCGACGCGAUGGUUACAGGCGCGGAAGAAAGCGAGGCUGUAUCUCAAGGCCAGGGUCAUGAACGCUUGCCGCCGCCUACGCCAAUCGGAUUAUUUAAAGAUUGUAAAUGGUAGCCUCUUUUAUUUAGUAAAAGAGACUAUCAUGAA